AUGUCAACCACGCCAGCGACAACCACUUGCAUCAACGUCGACUCGCUCAUCGAUGAUAUAACCGACUUCUCGUCAACCACCAUGUCUUCAGAACCGGGAAGCGGCAAAGGUUCGAGUGAUGUUGCCCAGGAAGGGACUGUGUUGAUUCUGGAUUAUCUUCGUAAGCUUAUUUGCCGAGCUACCGUGAGCUUGACUUAUAGGGUUGCUGUUGGCGAUUUUAGAGAAGCAGAAUCCGUGGGUCUGGACUCGAGUGUUGCCUCUAACCACGACCACUUCUCGUCCAAGCCUACGCAACCAAGGCUCUCAGGGAACUGCACCAGAGCAAACGAAUUGCAGGGAAAACAUCCGGUCCGUGAGCAUUCCCUGCCCGAAGCCUGGAGGAUGAUAGGAGCGCUAAGUUCCGAUGGCUUAGGGAAGCAAACCGUUUACCACGCCCUACAGGAGGGACCGAAUGCGGACAUUUCAGAGACCCUGGCUUCUAUCGAUGAAGAAACCCAGAGUCUGCGGCAGCAGCUCGGCUGCCUCAAGGAAGACGAAAAACAGGCGCAUGUGGAGCUGCUGGCCCUCGGUACAAGACCCUUACUUUGUGACCUCCGGCGUGAUAUCAACCAGCUAGAACAAGAAAUUCAAUCCACCAUCACCCAUCUGUCACGGGACGGGCAGGCGAAUUCCUGCUGCAUAUCUCAGGAAAGUUUCGCCGAUGUCAGUCGAGACUGGAAGAUGUGGCAAAAGCAUGCUAAAGCCCGCCGUCGAAUUUGUUUCGACAUGUGGCAGAGGUGCUCGGAGGUGAUUCCGGGGGGCAUGAGUCGGGGCGAGCUAUGGGUAUCUCGUCAGGGAAGGAGAGUACUUGCCGAGUACCUCUCCGAUGUACGGCGACCGACAGCCAGGCGGCGGUACUCCGGGCGUAGAUAUCGGAGAAGUGGUGAGGUCGACCUCGAGGCUCACCGCCAACCGGUUUGGCGCAACUUCCCCACCGAGUGGAGACCGAUAAACCCCUCCGGAUAUUCGCCCAGUUCUCGCUCUUCCUCCUUCUCACAGUCUCGUCUCCCUCCUGGCCAUGCUGCUGUCGGCCUCUCGCAUUCCCCCGUCCUGCUCCUGAUCCCUAUCCUGUCUGCCUCCCCGACCAGCUCGUCUCGACUUUCCAUUGAUAUGAAAAGUCGUGCUCCUCUCCCCGUUCCCUCCGGGGCUCAACCGCUGCAAAACGGUCAUUCCCGCAAUCUCUCCGGCCUCGACAUGACUGCUCGGAGCCCUCCCAACCAAAGCAACACCAAGCAUGUACCCUGCAAAUUCUAUCGCCAGGGAGCUUGCCAGGCUGGGCCUGCCUGUCCCUUUCUGCAUUCCACCGAUGCUGCAAUCGACUAUGCGCCGUGUAAAUACUUUACCAAGGGAAACUGCAAAUUCGGUGCCAAAUGUGCGCUGGCGCAUAUCCUCCCCGAUGGACGGCGGGUUAAUCGACCCACUGCAAUGGGUGGAAGCCAUCUCAAUCUAGGUGGCCGCGUCAAUCCACAAGCCUAUGUCAACCAAGAUUCGGCCCUGACCAAUUCGGUGCUUUCGCAACAACGAAUGAAUGGCCACGACCCACGCUAUGCCUCCCAAAUUCAACACCAAGAAGAUUUCGCCUCAUUACAUCCGCAGCAGCAACAGCAGCAGCCGCAGUCGCAGCCCCCGCCAUAUGAUGCCAUUCCUACGAUCGAUACGGGCCUGGCUUCGGAUACGGGUUCUAAGUACGGGUCGCCAGUCGACGACAUUCGCUUUCCCAUGUCUCCAAACCACCACCACUUGACCGCUCUUGAUGCGCCUUUACCUGCGUCUUUUGACAGCCAGGGAAUAUCCCAUGCUGCCCGCUAUGGUCCCGUAGCCGCCUCCAUGCCCUCGAAAUUUGGUUUGGAACUUUCUUCGCCACCUGCUCAACGGAUUGGGGUUCCAUCAGACGCCCUCCGCAAUCUCCGCGACGCGGCCUACGGACCGGACGCCCGGAAAGCUUCCUUUAUUGGAUCGUCUCCUCCUGGGAUACCCGAAGAUGGUCUAGGUCCGCGGUUCAUGCAUUCCCAACGGCCCGUCAAACCUCGCAUGCUCUCUGCCAGCGUGCCUCGACCCACAGCUCUGGAAGAUUGGGACGAAAGCAAUUUUCCCAUGGAAGAAGAUUUUCUGCCUAUGAAUCUACACGAUGACGUACUGACGCCCCAGGAGCGGCUCCGUCGUCUAUCUCGAACUGAUCAUGAGCUUAGUUCAAGCCAUCGUGAUCUCAGUGGGCUUGGGAUGACUGGCACUAGCCUGUCAAAGAUGGGCUCGCCCCUGGCGUCUAGUCCCUCUCGCUUUGGUGCCUUGUUUGCAAAGCAGCGACAGAAAAAAGAAGAAGAUGCCCAUGGUACAUCAUUUCCCCAAGUCGGAUCGCCUCUUCGUGAGUCUUCGCUGAACCUGGAAAUGAGAAGCCCCAGCCUGGGUCCCAUCGGAAGUCGCCAGGUCUCUGGUGAUAUUCCUACAUUUGCUUCUCCUUCCCGACAAACGUCGACAUCCAUGAUUUCUCAGCAACUUAGUGGCAUGUCUCUUCACCCUGGAUCGGCUCGCCAUUUGUCGUCCUCCGGCCCCAGCAGUCGCCUAGACAGAACCGUCUCGUCCCCUGUCAGCACAAGCAGGAUUGACGAAGAACAGAGUGAUUUGGUGUUCUCUAUGGAAGAGGAGGAGAGCAACAACAAGCGUAACAGUGCCUCAUGGGAUAUGCACAAGACGGAUUCCAAUGAUGAGGACACGACCCCGACCAGCAACUCCGGUUUUCAGUCUUAG